AGGGGUUAUCAAAAGUGUGACAAAUUUAGAUUCCAUUUCAAUUGAUAAUCAUAUAAAUAAGGAUAAAUCUCUAGAGUCUCAUUAACACCAUGGCUGUAAACGCUGCAAAAUUAUCCACUUUGCGUGGUAUACUACAUGAAUUGCGACAAGCAAGCUCUGAUAAGAAACUAACAAAUUCUCCUAUGGCAAGAUAUGUUUUGGAUCAAUACAAAAAAUUUAAAACAACUGAACAACAAUGGUGUACAGCUGAAGGUGAAAUGAAUUAUUUAGCAAAUACAUAUUUGUGCUAUUUGAAGAGCCAAAGAAAAUAUGAGGAAAUAAUAUCCUUUUACAAAGCUAAAGGAGAACGAACUGUGGAAGAAACAGCUCAAAUGGUCGGCUUUAAAUUACCACAUGACCCAAAGUGAAUGAAGAGUUCAAAAAUGCAGUAGUUUAUUAAUAAGAAGUAUACAUGUAUAACAAAAAAAUAUAUAAAUCGUAAGUGAAACUGUUA